AUGACUGCAGACUUAGGCAUAAAUUUUGUCGCGACGGAACACCACGACACGUACCCCGCUAUCAAUCCUUCUAGAUCCGACCUCAAAGGAAAAGUUGUGUUCAUUACCGGUGCUUCAAAAGGCAUCGGAAGGUCGAUGGCCAUCGCAUUUGCCCAGGCUGGUGUCUCCGGCCUCAUCCUCGCCGCUCGGUCCGAUAUGUCUGCGACGAAGGCCGCCGUUGAGGCUGCACAGCGCCCCGGGCACCAGAUUAAGGUGCUUACCGUCGCACUAGACGCGAGUAACCUCGCACAGGUAGAAUCUGCUGCCGCGAAGGUGGAGGAGACCUUCGGGAGGGUGGACAUUCUCGUGAACAACGCGGGCUACCUCGGCGCGUAUGGCCUCAUCGGGGACUCGGAUCCGCAGGAGGCGUGGAAGGCCUGGUCGGUGAAUGUGCUUGGGACGUAUGCGGUGACGCGCGCGUUCUUGCCGCUCGUGCUGAAGAGCUCAGACAAGACCAUCAUCAUCAUCGGUAGCCUGGCCGGGCUUGCGAAGAUGCCGAAUCUAUCUGCAUACCAAACGUCAAAGCUGGCGCUUCUGCGUUUCACGGAGCUCUUGAUGACAGAGUACGGCGACAAGGGCAUUUUGGCACUUUGUGUCCAUCCCGGUGUCAUCGAGACCGACAUGGCUGACCAGGUUCCUGACGUGAAAGCGGGUGGGUUCGGCACCGUAGAUACGCCCGAGUUGUCCGCCCACACGCUCACUUGGCUCGUACGUGAGCGGAGGGACUGGUUGGCUGGACGCUACGUCAGCUCCCAGUGGGAUAUGGAGGAGCUGUCGGCCAAAAAACAGGAGAUUAUCCAAGGGGACAAGCUGAAAGUCAAGAUGGUCGUAUAA